AUUUCGGAUGUGGUGAUGUGGCGCGAAUCAGCUCAUACAAAAAUAAAAAAUGGGAGAAGAAAUUUGGGGGAAAAUAGAGAAAUCAAAUCUUUCAAUUCAAUCAUUAUGUUCAAUCAGGUCACUAAUCAUAAACCCUUCCACUUCUAAUCAUAUCAUCUCUGCCAUAUUCGAAACCCUAACUCAGUAUUUUCAUCAACAACAAGAGCAAACCCUAGAAAAUCAAAAUCAAAAUCAUUACCUCAAACUCCUCUGCGAUAUAGCAAUUAAUCAUCAUGAGUUUACACGUAUAAUAUUCUACAGGGUCCGUUCUUUCGCUUUCAGUCGUUCUGUUAAUUCGCAAUUUAGAGUUGAAUCUCUAUCAGUUCUUCUCACUAUUGCUGAGCAUGAUGAAAAUUUAGUAUCUGCUAUUGCUGAAUUUGAUGAGAAUGUUAUAAUUGAGCUCUGUUUUGAUUCUUCUGUGUCUGUUAGGUACUGGGUUUUUAAGAAUUUGUUUAGAUUUCGGAUUCGAGAUGAAAUUUUAGGUCGAGUUUUGUUAGGGUUUGUUAAUGAUCCUUAUCCUUAUGUGAGAAGAAUUUCUUUAGAUGGUUUAGUAAGGUUGAGUAAAUCAGUGGUGGAAUUUAAGAAUGCUGGAUUGAUUGCGGAAGUAUAUGAUCGGGCGGUUGAUUUAUUUGUUGAUAGAAAUGAUUGUGUUAGGGCGGCUGCAAUUUGUGUGGUCUGUGAAUGGGGGCAAAUGUUACCGGAUUCUAGCAUGGAAGCUGGUGAGCAGGAUUGGCUGGAUUCGGUGUUUGUUCAGCUGUGUUCCAUGGUGAGAGAUAUGAGUAUGGAGGUAAGGAAUGAAGCUUUUGUCUCCCUUGGGAAAAUGAAGUUUGUGUCUGAAGAUAUACUACUGCAGACCUUGUCAAAGAAAGUCCUAGGUAACCUGAAAGAGAGAAAAUUUCCUGGGAAGAGUAAUACGAAAAUUUUGGACCUACCAGCUUCAAAUGCUGCUGGUGCUUUUAUUCAUGGGCUCGAGGACGAAUUCUAUGAGGUUAGGAGGUCAGCCUGUUAUUCGUUGGGGAUGCUUACAGAUUUCUCUGUCCGAUUUGCAAAUGAUGCCUUGAAUUUGUUAAUGGACAUGUUGAAUGACCAUUCUAUGGUUGUUCGGUUGCAAACAUUGGAAACAAUGCAUCAUAUGGCAACAUGUGAUCGUCUGAAGGUGCAAGAGGCACACAUGCAUAUGUUUCUUGGUACCCUGGUUGAUACAAGUACCUUGAUUAGACGUGCAGCCAGAAAAGUCCUCUGCUUACUGAAACUGCCAUUCAUGAAGAUUUUUAAAUCAUCAAUUAAUGGCCUUCUUACCAACUUGGAAACUUAUCCUGAGGACGAAGCUGAUAUCUUCUCUGUUUUGUUUUAUAUGGGUAGAAACCAUGGAAAUUUUGCCGUCAGCUUUGUUACAGAAUUGUCUCAAGAGAUAGAGCCGUCCUGUGAAGGCGAGCUCAGAUUUGAUAAUCCAAGAGUAGCUGCAGUAUUGGUUUUAGCCAUUUCAGCACCUCUAGCACAUGAACGUCUUGGGUGUUCUAUUCCAGCAAAAGUAUUUUCAUGUGCAAUUCCUUUUCUUGGAAGAAUUGCAUUUUCUUUGAGAAAUUGUGCGACUCGAGAUACCCUUUUAGCCUAUUUGUUAAAGUUCAAUAAAAUUACACAUGUUCCUGGCAUGGAAUCAUCUGUAGAGGAUGAUCUCUUUCCUGUUGCAGGAGGAACGCUUCAGCUUCAUAAUAUCGAUGAGAUAUUCAAUCAAGUACUACCCCUGCAACAAAUUUGUAAUGGAGCCUCUGAAGAUCUAUUUCGAAAUGAUCUGCGAGAUCUAAGGCAAACAACUUUCCCUCUAUCUCAUCAACGGCAAGUGAUUUUCACGGACGAGGAGGCAGAGAAAAACGUAAAUCUUAUUCUCAGAACUGUAGCUGCUACCUGGCAACUGAUAAAAUCAGGGUUCACAGAUGAAGUACAAAAGACUUUGAGGAGCUGCAGUAAAGACCUGGCAACAGUAGCUGUGAACUCGAACAGACUAACUGGUUUGUUGGCCUUUGCAUCUCAGUAUGUUCAGGUAGUCCAACAUCUAGCAGAAAUAUGGGUUCAUUUUCUGCCAUUAAGUAAGCUCCAUUAUCGGAAAAUAGGAAUGUUGGAUCAUUUAUUGGAAAAGCUAGAUUAUGAUCUUGGAAAGCUAAGGUACGAGUUUUCGGGGUUGAGUAAAAAAGAAGAACUGCCUAUCUUAGAAUUGGUACUUCUUGCUUGUGUUCUGAGGUUGUCCGAAAUGGAGAUCUGUUGUAAUGUUUACACAUUGAAGAGGGUGCAAUCUAACAUCUCCGACAUAGAGCUUCUCUGUGAGGACUUGCACAUCGAACUUUCUGAAUUUGCUGGAGAACUGAGAAAGUCAUUGAGUGAACAGGGAUACCUAGAUGAUGGUGCUUUGAGUCAGCAAUUUUUAUUCAAAAGAAUACUUGAUUUAUUUUCGCUUAAAGAAAUGGUGUUUGAUGGAAUGUUAAAACACAUCAAGGCGGAAUUGGGUGUACCAGGUAACGACUCGGAAAACCCUAUUCCCUUCGUUUCUGGAUUGCCUGCCGGUGUUACAGUCCAAAUGACAUUAUUUAAUGUAUCGGACAAAGACAGAUUGUGGCUAGAGAUGUCUGCACAGGAGGGGGGUCUAUCUCAGUAUGCGUUUCUGAGUUCAAACCAGAUUGGAAGUUAUGACGAGAUCAACAAAGUUAAAUUAAGUGUACCAUUCUACAACACUCCUAAAGCAGCUUCUUUCGUAUUGAGAGCAUGUGUUGUUAAGGAAUAUCCAUCUGAAGAUGUAUAUCGACCGGCCAGAGGUUCUGGUGGGCCAAAAGGGAACUCGCCGUUAUCAGCAAUAUAACCAAAAUUUAUUUGGGUGCAGCCAAGAGUACAACCUGAAGGUUGGAAGAAGAUUGAUUUCAACAAAUCUCCAAUAUACUUUGGCUCGAGGAAGAAGUUCUGCAGGGUCGACAGCAUUUUCUUCAUGUCAUGGAUUUUCUUACCAUGUAAAGGAACUAUCUAAAUUAAAAUCAGAGAGCAAAGAGUUCAAGUAUUUGAGGUGCCAUGGCCCAUACCUGCUCUUUAAGUGAGACCUUUAUCAGUUAAGAAUCAAUUAGACUGAUGCGAAUAGUUGCAGGAUGGCAGAGCCGAAGACCGGAGUUUGCAGAGUUCAGAUUCACCGGUUAUGGGUUAGCUUAGUUCACGUACGUCAGUCGGUCUGAUUGAAAGAGGGAUAAUAAGGACAUUGCAUUUCCGAUCUGGGUCCACUCAUUCCGAGCUGUUUGAUAAUUCACGUUUCAUAUACCCUCUCCAUGACUCUGGGAAUGAAUCCAUUAAGGUGUGAGCCAUUCUCAUUUCAAUUUUAUCGAAGAGAACAAUUAGCAAUCACCUCACUAUAUAUCCUUGGUUUCACUUAGCAAAAGACUAGCAGAUUCAUCAUCAUUGCCUAGACAAGAGUUAUGUUCGUCAUCUUAAUGUACAGACUAAGACAAGCUCGUAUCAGUCCAGAACAGACUAUGGUAAUCUCUUGUGUAAAUGGCUGUUUUGCCAGGUAAAUAUCAGUGCUAUUUAUUUUUUAAGAUGAUAAUAAUGGUUGAUUGCCCCUGUUUAACUAGUGAAAUUAUUAAAAAACUGAAGAUAUUUUUAGACGUGGGAUCAGAAGAUAAAUUUA